ACAUUCCAUAGCGAGGCUUGGCUGACCCCAAAUCCAAUAUGGCCGAGGAAACUCUUGAUUUUUCCAAGCACAAUAUUCAGCCAAUGUGAGAAAGAAAGAGGGGUGACAACGAGUUCCAAAGGUUAUUUCUGUAAUGGACAAUACUCAAAUGAAAGGAGUCUCGCAUGGUAAAGCAUCUGAAGGAAGUUCUGCUCAGCACAGGUCACAUUCACCUAAUAAUGGUUCCUAUGAUCAAGACGGUUACCCAGGAGAUAGAGGUGACUCCAGCUCUCAAGGUGACUUAAAACUGCUUGAUGGAGAGAAAAUCCAAGCAAGUGCCAAAGAUGUUACUUAUCUCUGCCCAUUUACUGGUGCCAUAUGUGGUCUACUUCAACUCACAAACUACAGACUUCACUUUAAAGCGGACGAUGACCCACCAUUCACAGUAGAAGUACCACUAGGUACCAUUUAUCGUGUAGAGAAGAUUGGUGGAACCACUAGCAGAGGAGAAAAUGCAUAUGGCCUGGAAUUAUAUUGCAAGGAUAUGAGAAAUUUACGUUUUGCACACAAAGUAGAGAAUCACUCCAGACGAUUAGUGUAUGACAAGCUUAUGCUUUAUGCAUUUCCUGCUGCGAUUGGAAGGCCCUUCUUUGCAUUUUCCUACAAGGAACGAUUCGAUGUCAAUGGAUGGGAUAUUUACGAUCCAGAGAAAGAAUUUCAAAGACAGCAUGUCCCCAAUGAAUGCUGGCAGAUCACAAGAAUCAAUGAAAAAUAUGACUUAUGUGAAACCUACCCUGGUCUGUUAGCAGUGCCAGUCAGUGUUACUGAUGAGGAUUUGAAGAAAGUAGCCACCUUUAGAAGCAGAGAAAGAAUUCCAGUGCUUUCUUGGUUGCACCCAAAGAACUCUGCUUCCAUUACUCGAGCCAGCCAACCUAAUGCUGGACUGGUUGGGAAGACCAGGAAUAAAGAUGAUGAAAAAUACUUUCAGGCGAUUCUGGAUGCCAAUGCGAGAGGCCACAAGCUAAUAAUAAUGGAUGCAAGACCUAAGAUCAAUGCUCUAGCAAAUCAGGCAAAAGGAGGAGGUUAUGAGGUGCAGGAAAAUUAUCAGAACACUGAACUUGUUUUCUUGGACAUUGCAAAUAUUCAUGUCAUGAGAGAAAGCUUGCGUAAACUGAAAGACAUCUGUUUUCCAACAAUUGACGAUGUUCACUGGCUCACAAACCUGGAAGGAACACAUUGGUUGGAGCAUAUUAAGGUCAUUCUUGCCGGUGCGGUGAAAAUAGCUGAUGCUGUGGACAGAUGUCGUAUGUCAGUAGUGGUACAUUGUAGUGACGGCUGGGACAGGACAUCACAGCUCACCGCUCUUGCCAUGCUUCUACUGGAUCCUUAUUACCGAACAAUUGAAGGAUUUGAGGUUCUCAUCGAAAAGGAAUGGACAAGUUUUGGACACAAGUUUCAACAGCGUUACGGUCAUGGAGACAAGAAUCAUGCUGAUGACCAGCGGUCUCCUGUGUUCCUGCAGUUCAUAGACUGUGUGUGGCAGGUUACCAAGCAGUUCCCUUGCGCUUUUGAGUUCAAUGAACAAUUCUUGAUAACCGUGCUGGACCAUCUUACAAGCUGUUUAUUUGGUACUUUCUUGUACAAUUCAGAGUCACAGAGAAUGAAAGAGGAUGUAAAAUCCAAGACAGUUUCUCUGUGGUCGUACAUCAACACUCGUAUCUUGGAAUUCAAGAACCCUCUGUAUGCUCCACAUCUUCACCAACAUGUGCUGUUUCCGGUGGCUAGUAUGAGAAGACUCGACUUAUGGACUCGUUAUUACAUUCGUUGGAAUCCGACCAUGCAACCCCAGGAGUCAGAAGAACAAAGAAGUCGUGACUUACAACUCCUUUGCGAGCAGCUCCGUCACAAGUGCGAGGAACUGGAACGAGAAAUCAUGGCUCGUACGUCAGUGGAAGUACCCACUACCCCAGACGCCAUGUCAGUCAACAGCAACCAAUCACAGCAGUGGGCCCAGUCUUCGGCCGUGUGAAACGCACCAGGCUACAGUGACGGCAUGCUCGUAAGGCCAGCGAGCAAUUUGGAAGAGGUUUUAACAUAACCCCGUCCAGAAAUUCUUGGCAAUGAUAUUGAAUUCUCAUUUUUUUCUUACAAGAGAUUGGCGCCAAGUUUGUUUCCGCUAAACCUACAAGUUCCUUUGGCAGGCGCCAAUUCUCUCGUCCAACUAACUUUCUUGGUGGUAAAAUAUCUUAUCAGCAAUUUAUCAGGUUUUACCAAAAGCCUGCAGUGGAUUUGUAAAUGCAUCCUUUUAAUUUUUCAAGCGCGGAACCAAAUGGACAGGGAAAGCAGUACUUUUUGUUUUAAAUGAAAAUCAUUUUUAUGAAACUCAGUUGAAAUAAUUAUAAUUUCUCUUUUGUAAAUAUAAUCCCUUCGUUCUGUUAAAGAUAGUCAGAUCAAUUAUUAUAAGGCACAAUUAAGAAAAGAAAAACAGUUGAGCUCGGUGAGUUCACAGUUUCAAGCCGAGGCAGAUUAACGUUUGAAAAAAUGUUGUAGAGCCACUUUUUGUAAGAAAUCGAUUCCUAAGUAUUUAGUUAUGGUACAGAGAAGCCAAACAGGCAAAAAAACAAUUAAUGAAAAGUAUUUCACUUUUAGUUUUUAAUGAUAGUAGUUUUUAGAUUAACUUUGCGUUGUAUUUUGUAUAGUGGUCAACCUUUCUGUUUAUUAGGAAAUGAAUCCUGGAGUUCCAUGCUAGGAAUUGAUGUAAAAUAAAAAAAAUAAUAGUAAGAACUUGCAACUUUUUCCCUGUCUGAACCAAUGAAAUUCAGCUUGUUCCAGGCUCCCCCGAAAAUAAAUGGUAAAAGGCCAA